UUUCUCUCUGACUUCAUAAGGUACUGUCACACUUCAAACAAAGAUAAGCUUUAUCUCUCCUUAUCGUUGACUUUAUAGCACAAGGUCUUGAGUCCAGCAUAUGAUUCACAAGACUGGUGAAUUACACAGAGGAUACCAGAAUACAACAAAAUUUCACUUAAUUGGAGAGAAAUUGUUGUUUCUUCUAUGAUUGUCAGUUAAGUUAAUGCAGCAUCACAUAAGUGCAAGUUGUAAAUGAUUGUCAAUUAAGUUAAUGCAGCAUCACAUAAGUGCAAGUUGUAAAUGAUUGUCAGUUAAGUUAAUGCAGCAUCACAUAAGUGCAAGUUGUAAGAGUUAAAUUAUUUACAAUUAAUUUAUUGACCAAAUAAUACAAGAGAGGGAGAGGGAGAGCCUUCAUUGCUUGUGAUAAAUACAGAAGUACAAACUAAUAGCAAUCAACACAUUCAUGAUGUCUAUGGAAAUGAGUGACAGCUCUGACCUCUUAGCAAGCAGCAGAGGUGGAUUCAAGAACUACUGGAGGUCAAGAACUGUGAUGGAGCAGGCACUGUUGGUGCUGGCAGUGGUGGAGGGUGUGAUGCUGUUUGGCUUUGUCAUUGGUGUAGCUUCCCUUACAAGUGAAAUUGUGUCCAAGGAUGCAGAGAUCCAUCACCUUGCUGCUGAGUUAGAGAAGUGUCUGACAGGAAACAUAACAACAUUUUCCACCAUGACUUCAACAUCACCCACGGAUACAGACUCAUCUAUCUCCAGCACACUUACGACUCCUGAUACGAGUACCGUUGUCACAACCCCAACACCAACCACAACUGAUCCAACAACAGUCACUACACCUGCUCCCUCAACAACUUCAACUGCUUCAACAAAUGUAACUUCCAGUUCUGUUUCAGUUUCUACGAUUUUUAGUACCAGUGGUUCUUCGACAAUGUCUAGUAAACUAUUAGAAAAUUCAGAUAUUGGAGAUCUUACAAAUACUACAGAUUCUCUUAAUUCAACUUAAUCUACAUUUUAUGGUUGCAUCAUAGGUCAAGUCAUUAAAUCUACAUUUUCCUUCAACUUCAGAUAUAUAUUUUACGCUAAAUGAAUGCUAGUCUUUAAUUUAUUUAAUCAAAUGCUCCAUCUUCCAGUACUACAAAUUCUGUUUGAUCAUUUAACUUGGAUUUUUAAUAUUAUGUUCUAAUGAAUAUUUUUCAGUUGUUAAUGAAAGAAAAAUUGCAAGUAUACCUUAUUUUAGAUGUUUUAAGGCUAUCAUAUUACUGCCAACUUAAGCCCACAAAUUCAGGCUUUAGUUUGUCACCAGAAAGACAUGUUUUAUGUUUGAGCAAUGAAUGAACCACAUAAAACAGGUGAAGGUUAUUUCAAUACAAAACACAGCUAUAAAAAAGAAACAAUUCAGAUCGACUAUAUAUCAAACUUGUGUUGCAGUAACAAAACCAAUUUAGAUUUUGAAGAGAAGGGUGUAUAAUUUUGUUUCCUGUAGCCAAUAACAUUUUAGCUCAAGUAGACUAAGGCUACAGACUAGUGCCAUCAACAGAUGUGUAUUUUACCUCACUCUUUUUUAGAAAAGGGCAAACAUGCAGCUGGUCAGGAUUAGAAUCAGAAUCUAAUGCCAUACUGAGCCCUCAGUUGACUGACUCUGUUCCAAGAUCUUGUAUAUGUAUGCUUUUGUACUGCAGCAUUAGAGAAUGGCAUCCAGAAAACAGUUCAAGCACUUAUGACUAUUGCGUUGGUUCUUAUCUAAUAAUUUUAGCUCAUUUCAGUUUACAGACAAAGUUUCUUAAGAAUUGUGAAUAAACUGUAAUCAUAGAGGAAAAAUAUGAAGUGUGAGGCAAUAAGUGCAAUUAUGUCUUCUUAGUUAUAAGAACCACAUAUACCAGAUAAAUUUAAUUCAUAUUAGGAAUAACUAGACAUAAGAAACUUUUGUGUAAAAUGUUAAGUAAUCUAUCACUAUGAAAUAUAAUCUCUUUAGGAAUAUGAACCAUAGGUCUAAGUUUAUCACAAUAAGCUGUGUGUUAUUGCUAAUAAGAAAUUCAAAAUCUCCAGCAGAUUAAUCAAACUGUGUAUAUAAAUAUGUAUAUACAUAUUUACAAACAUAUGUAUAUACAUAUUUCUGUAUUUGAUCGCUACUAAGGGAAAUAUCAGCACAGUGGACUUAGCACAGUAACAGUUUUGAAGACAGAAUAAGGGUUUAGUGGGUUAAAGAGAAAUGUGAGUCACAGUGGUCCACUUUAAACUGUGUUUUAUCAGAGGGAGUCCAAUAUUUUAUGUUCAGUUUCUUAGCCUUAUUUCUAGUGGCUUGUUCAGUCUUGGACAAUAGCAGAGUAACUUGAUGUACUCUCUUUCAUUUGAUCAUCAUCAUUAUCAUGAUUUCCUUUAACGUCCUUAUUUUCUUUUCCUUUUUUUUUCUUCAAAUACAUAGUAACCAUUAAACACUAAAGAUCAUAUAGUGCUGUGGUAAAGUUGUUGCACUGUAGCAGUGAUGGGCCUCUGUUAAGAGAGUGCCACUCCUCUGCCCAGAGCACCUGUUGCAUGUGGGGAUGGAACUUGCAAUUUUUUAGCCAUGACUUGAACACCUUACUGUGGAGGCACCGAGUCCCCCACUUGAUUAGAAACUCAUGUGUUGAAGUGAAAGUUUUUUUCCUGAAUGCUCUUCUCUGAUAGGGAGUAGAUUUAAUUUCAGAGUGACUUUCCAUAAGGGAGGACUGCUGACAAAACUAUCAAGAUCUUCCAGCCUUAGGUUGAUUAAACCAUGUGAUGCAGUUCCAAUGAGUGAAUGCAUCUCAUGGUGGCUGAUUGUUUCACUAUAUCCCUGUCUGUUCUGCUUUCCACUGUGUUAAGCAUUUUCAUCAAUUUCAAGGCUUCUGAUCUGCUGAGAAUCUAUCAAUUGUCAAGUUUUGUUGGUGUUAGCCAGCAGAUCAGAGGAUAUGAGAUAGAGAGAAAACACAAAUAUACAGUGGAGUUGAGUGCAGAAUGAUACUCAGCUUCUUAACACAAGUGCUCAUGUGCUGAGCUGCAGGAUUUUUUUUCAUGACAUCUUGUGGUUGUAACUGCUACUACAUUAUUUGUAAGAGUAAGAGAAAAUGAGUUUUAUAGGUAUUAAGAUGAUAAUAUAAAAAAAUUAUGUGAAUGUGUGUAUACUCUAUCUUGUGUAUCUUGGCAGAGGGUAGGCCUUGGUAGGGGAGAGGGACAGCAUAUUCUGCCCUUCAGCUCCUGAGACUGGUUGGUGGAAAGCAGGCAGUGCAGUGUUAGCAUGGGUUAAUUUUCAUAACCAGGAAGGUGUGGGUGAAGUGGUAAGCUGCUGCUAAUCCUCACCAUCCCCCCCCCUCCCCUCUCUCUCUCUCUCUCUCUCUCUCUCUCUCUCUCUCUCUCUCUCUCUCUCUCUCUCUCUCUCUCUCUCUCUCUCUCUCUCUCUCUCUCUCUCUCUCUCUCUCUCUCUCUCUCUCUCUCUCUCUCUCUCUCUCUCUCUCUCUCUCUCCAAAAUGUGUGACUGGUCCAUCAGCCAUGCAGUUUCCCGCCACAGCAGAAGCUUACUUUAAUAUUUAUCACACACACAGACACACACACACACACACACACACACACAUGUGGGCAGGAGGAGGGAGAUGAAGGAGACAAAACCUGAACCCACAGAAAUGAAGAAUGUCUCAUAUCAGAGGAAAUCAGGAGUGGUAUCAGUCCUUCUCUUCCAUGUCUCCAAAUGCAGUACAUAUUAUGUAGUACAGUAGUUUUUGUAGUCAGUAUAUUUAAUCUUUUCAUAUCUAAUCAUUACUAAUUUACAUUUUGCCUACAUAUUCCUGAGCAGCUCAUGUAUGCAUAACUGUACUGUCUCUCCAACUAUCAGAUUAAAAUGUUUUUUUGGUGGUGAUAGGUAAGUUGUAUGGUGUAUCUAUCUUAUGCUUUGGUUUCUCAGCUGUACUGUAUUUCUGAGUAAUUAAUUUUUUUUGGAAUGAUAGAUAACAAAAGUUCUUUGACACAUAAUUAUUCAAAUAUACACAAUUUACAACAUAUCACUUUAAGUUCCACACCUGUAAUAUAUAACAAGAAUUACUGUGACCCAUACAAACAGUGGAGUGAUGGGAAGUGUGCCUGGCUGAUGACAUCAUGUGUGCUCAGCUGGUCACAUGAACAUCACCAAAGCAAUGCUCACUGACACCUUAGCACUCACAACCUUCAUAACAAUUAGGAUAGGAGUUACAAUUUUUUUGGUUGGGUUCAGAACAAUGUUGUUAGUUAUAUAGAAUGAUAUAUAUAAUUUGCAAAAGUUGCCAAAGAAGUACAGUACAUAUAUAUGCCAACAAUAAAAAAUUUCAUGAACUGAAUGACAAGACACAAUUAGGGAGUGCUGGUGACUACAUUCAUGAUAGCAAAGGAGAGCAAGUUACAUUUUAAGUGCAACUGGUUGUUUCUUACAUCAUACUGUAACAUUUAUAUUUAUACACAUCAAAUAUUUCUCUAAACUGUAAUGUCAGAA